CUUACACACUGCUAAUUUAUGUGGAAAACAAUGGCACAUGUACAACAUUCAAAUCUUUUUCUAGGUGGAAGGUCUGUACAUGAAGCGCUCGGAGGAGGAAAAGUGGCAGAUGUGUUGUUGUGGAGCAACGAAUCCUCUAGAACUGUAUCAGCUGCACUUUUGAUUGGGAUGACAGUCUUAUGGUUUCUUUUCGAAGUUGCUGAGUACAAUCUGGUUACUUUCCUCUGUCACAUCAUCAUCACCACCAUGCUCGUUUUCUUCAUAUGGACCUCCAUUCAUGAUAAUUUCAACUGGACGAUUCCUCCCAAUAUCCACGAUCCUUUGCUGCGGUCGUACUCUGAAUUCAGAGAAGUAGCUUCCACCUUGCUCACAGUGUUGAACGAGUUUUUGCCAAAGCUCCUGAACAUUGCAUAUGAAAGAGAUCUACGACGUUUCCUUUCGGCAAUUCUCUCUCUUUAUAUAUUAUCAGUCGUUGGGUCAUAUUUCAGCUUUCUGAAUCUCAUUUAUUUUGGCUUUCUUUGCAUGGAAACACUGCCAUUCCUGUACGAUAAAUUUCGGUACCAAGUAGAUAAUUUUGUUGAAGAAGCUAUCGAAAACGUGAAAGGAAAAUACAAUGCGUUCGACUCAAAGUUCCUGAACAAGAUUCCCAGGGGCCAUGUAAAAGAAAAGGAAAAAUGAUUAUAACAGCAGCUAGCAGAAGUCAUCAUAUAUAUAUAUUCUUAUGGAGAUGGAAAGCUUUGUGUAAUUACAUGUAGGACAGUAGUUAAUUAUGGACAAGGAAGAUGAAACCAAAAGAAAGGAAUAUCCCAUUACUUGUCUAUAUAUAAUUCAAUAAGAAAGGAUGAAGAUAUAUAUAUACCCUCAAGACCUUUAA